UUUUGUCUACCGAAUAGCUGGCUAUUCAGCCCUUUUCUAAUUUACAACUUCUACGUCUGGAAAGCAACAACCACGUUUCGAAAGCCCAGCUAAGCCAGCAAGUGGGGAGGAGAUUCGCCCAGAUUCAAACGGCUGCUGCUCGGAGGCUAUCGGUGAUGACAGUUGCGGUUGAGAGAAGUCGAGGUCCUUCCAUGGUUGCUGUAAGUAAUGGUUUUCUUUGAAAGAGGGGGGCGAUGGAGGGGAAGAGAGAGAGAGAGAGAGAGAGACAGAGAGAGAGAGAGACAGAGAGAGAGAGGGCUUUUCAGUGUUUGAGGUUUGCAGAAUGUUAAGUCUGUCUAUGGCGGGCCGGCCAGCUUGUGGAGCAGAGCUAGGGCCUAGGGAGGAGGAUUGGAGGAAGAGAGCUGACUGACUGAGAGGAGAAGGAAACUUAUUAAAGAAAAAUAAUUCCCACACCGGUACCUGAGGUUUGAGCGUGUCCUCUGAGUCCCUAUAAAUAAGAGUGAGCAGUAGAUCAGAAAACCACCCAACAGUAGCAAGGGUGCGAGGGGAAAGGAUGGGACUGGAAGGAAGAAAGCGGACAGGAAAGAAGGGGGGAAGGAAAGUAAAGGGUGCGAGGGGCAAGGAAGGAAGGGAAAAGGAAAGGAACAAGAAGUGGAAAGAGGCGGGGGGAUGUUGUAUGGCUUUACGAAGAGACUUUAUGACAUCCAAUCCAAUAUUAAGGAGGAUUACAUGAAGUUGUGAUUCCUCAAGGCAAAAGGACUUGAGCCAAUAGUAACAUGCUGAAAACUAACCAUGCUGCAUGGCAAAUAACUUGAAGUUGUUUGUGUCCUGUAUCAUGAACCAACUAUUUUAAAAAGAGCUCUUAUUUACAUGUUACCGAUCAAGAUUUAGUGACAUUGUUGAUUUAUCAAAUUGUAUCAAUGAGCUGAAGUGAAAUGUCUUCUUGUUGUGUACAACUGCUUUAAUAUGUCUAGUGAUCUUAUGUCAGAAAUGCAAAUGGUUGGAAAUAUGCCAAAUAAUACAAUGCAUGAUUUUCCCGGAUCCAGUGGCCCUGUUAAUCCAGCUGAGUGUGUUGACUCAUUGGUUUCUGUAAACCAGUUGGGUCAAACAGAGUACAGAACAGGCGCGGUUCAAUCAAGCUGAGUGUGUUGACUCAUUGGUUUCUGUAAACCAGUUGGGUCAAACAGAGUACAGAAUAGGCGUGGUUCCAUCAAGCUCAUCAAUUGCAAGCUCUGUCCCUCCUCAGCAAUCCUUGUUAUCUGAUGGCAUAUUUAGAGGUGUGUCCACUAAUGUUGGCGUUGAGCAGAAAUUAUCUUUACCGAGCAAGCGAAAGGCUGAUGGGGAACUCAACUGCAUGUUUCCUCCCCUCGGCAGUUGUCAUCAUCAUCAAUCAGACGUGCUGGUGGGCCUCAGCGACCAAAUUUACAACCCAAAGCCAGCCCCACAUCAACACAAACUGUUCCUGCACCAAACAGAAAAGCCGUGCGAAAUGAGCCCCUUUCUAGUAAAGCUGGGCUCCAGCGACAGGGACCAAAAGGGAGGGCUGUACAAACAGACAUAGUGGCUAAGAACCUGACCGACUCCUCCAAAGCUGUUAGAUCAAAGAUGAGGGAAUCACUUGCAGGUGCACUUGCUUCGGUAUGCCAACGUAAAAAUGGAUCUGCAUCAAAUGAGGCUAAGGAUGAGAGUGAGAGUAAACAAGGACAACAACAACCAUCAGAGGAAGUGAAUACAGCUGGGUUUCCUGAGUUGGCAGUGGAUGAUAUACCUUUUAGUGAUAAUUUCUUUGUCAAAGACGAUCUUUUGGAUUUUGUUUGGAUGUGGAAAGAGGCGGGGGAUGUUGUUUGGAUUUACAGGAAAGGGAAAAGGAACAGGAAAGUAAAGGGUGUGCUAUAUAAUGAUCAUUGAUGGCAGGAAUGUUGUUUGGCUUUACAAAGACACUUUAUGACAUCCAAUCCAAUAUUAAGGAGAUUGAAUGCAAUUCUAAUAGGUGUUUCUGAUACAGCCGGAACAUUAGCUCGCAUUGUUGGAGCAGGUCUUGCAGGAUGUCUGGUGGAAUCUGCUAAGCGUUCUCGAUUGGAUCUUACAAGCGCAGAAAGCUGGAUGGGUGUGUUUACCUUUCCAGUGCAUUUGUUCCGUUACUUAUGUUUACAGCCUAAUACUGAGGAGCUCAUUGAUCUGGGAUGUCGAAUGCCCAUAUGGAUAUAUUAUAUUGUAUCACCCAAGUGUACACUGGCAAACAUGGAUGGGAGGGAAAGAUCAAAUCAUGUGUGCUCAUGCCAGGCCAGUUCCUUUUUAGCCAAAAAGUAUUUCUAAUCGUCGUGUUUUCAAAGUUUUCAAAGCUUUGUCAAUUGAUUCUUUUACGACGCAUUAGAUAGUUAUUAUAGUCAAGAACAUUGAUUAAUACAUUGAUAGCUUUGUAGGUGUACUUAGCUUAUUCAUAACCAGAGACCAUUGUUGGAAGGGAGUGUUUCUUCCUUUGUUUGUUGCACUCAUAGAUAUUUGUAUGUUCAAGACUCCAAAGUUAUGGUAUCUAGCUUUGACGGUUGAUUAAAACUUGCUCCCUAUUAUAUUUAUAAAUAGGUGUACACACAUUUGUCCAAUGUUAAUGAGAAACAUAGAAACAUGGUAAAAAAACCUAUAAAUACUCCUACUCUUAAACAUUUUUUCAUAUCUCUUCUCCAAUUCUUCCUAAAUCCUAUUCUUAACUCUCUACUCUCUAAUUCUCUUAUUCUCCAAUAUAUUAUAUAUCUACUCUCUAAUUCUCUUCUCCAAGAAGUUAAGAUGGAAAAUCAAGAUGCCAUUAUACGGUAUAAUUUUGAUAAGCAGAAGGACCCGAAGACCGGGAUGUGGUACGCAAUUUGCAAAUGGUGCGAAAAAAAAUGUAUCACGGGUGCUAUUUAUAGUAGCAAUAAAUGCCGGGCAGGGACACGUGUCAAGCGCUCAUUGGUCGAGGGGUCACCUCAACUGGUUGGCGUUGGCAGCCGCAUGUGGCCACAUUUAAUGUGGCUGUUGGAUGGGACGUCUAUGCGGGGCACGGUGAUCUGUGCGCAUGUGAGGUGGAUAUCUUGUCGAGUGAGAUGCCUUCGGCUAUAGAGCAGUAGCCGAGGGCUCUUCCACCCGAUGGCACCCUGGUGCGGAGGGCUCACAAUGCCGAGGGCUACUGUUUUCACCGUUUUCUCCCAGUUUCUUAAUUUGCUUGAGAAACCCGUUCUGUGAGAAUUUGGAGCCUUCGGCCAGGGGGCCGAAGGCACCCCUAGCGCGUAGUGCGGACUGCUUGGUACUCUGGGCGCUGUGAUUUGGGCCUGUUGGGCCUGUUGGGCCUUCGCUGGAGUAGUAGGAGUCUGUGGACCGGGGGUUCCCGGGCCAUAUACUCCAUCAGGAGUCCCUCACUCCUUUUGCCGAAAGGUACUUGAGGGAAAAGGAGUAAUUUGUGCUUGCCCCUUGAUGUUGUCCCGUCGUGAUCUCUGAAGUUGAUGAGGAGUUGUUGCUUUUAUGUCCCUGCCGAAGGCAGUCCCUCAGUUACCCACAUGUCGGGACUUGAGGGCUUGCUCUGUUGUUUGUUGGAAUUUCUACAUCUUUUGUAAUUUGAUGAUUUGCCCGAGGGGGUCUUCCAGUCCCCCACUCCUUGAGGCACUUGUAAAGUGGUGAAAAGGAGUAGAGUAGUUGCGUUGCUGUUGUGGGCCGAAGGCUGACGCUUUUCGUUUCAUUUUGGGGGGAUGUCUCGUUAAAAACCUCAUUAGGAAAAACCCUGGGGGAAAAAAUCCUAAUGAGGGAAAAAGAGUGCACCGAAUUCCCUCAAUGAUGAAUCGAAAAUGUCAAACCUUGGUCAAAAAUGGAGAAUAUGGUAAUGCCGAAGGCUCUUCUUUUCCUGAGGGCUCAUGUAUUGAUCAGCCGAAGACUUGCUGUUGAUAUCCUGGGGGUGCCGAAGGGGAGCCCCUCAAUCCGGGGAUCGAGGGCCUGCCGGAUGAGGGCAGUAAUUUAACUGUCGCCGGGGGGUCCACUGUUUGUUGAUGAGUUGGUGAUGAAGAUACCCGAGGGCUCCCAUUACCUGUGUGCCACGGGUUAUCCGUCAAUGAGGUAACUCCCCGGGGGCUACCCGGUUUUGCAGCGCUGAGGGGGAAUCCCCGAAGGGUGCCCUGAUAUGAAGCCCUGGGUUUCUGAGGGAGUGAUCCCGAAGGCGUCUGUUAUGUGCUGUGUGGGACACACCCCGGGGGCACUUCUGAGUGAGUGCACCCGGAGGCUAUCCUUGAUGAAGUGGAGUGGAGUAGAAAACCCGGGGGCUUCCAGAAUAUAGCCUUUGGAAAUAUAGUCGUUGGAAUAUGUAACGACGGGAUAUAGCCGUUGGGGGGGUGGCACACGUGGCGUGUGAUGGCUGGCUGUUCGCGGGCGGCGUCACCGGUUGGGUGAAACGACGGUGUGUAAUGAUGACGGUCCGUCCGGAGGCCCGGUUUCCGGGCCCAAGCCCGGAUUCCAGCGCCUAUAAAUACCCCAAGGCCAGAGCCAUUCCCGCUGUGCGAACUCAGUUGUCUUAGCGAAGCUCUGCCAAAAAAUCUAGUGAGAGAAACUCAAGCCUUCGGUCCUAACUCAGCUUUCGAGGUCAGUGCUCCCUGCCUUUCUCCUUCUAGUAUAGCUGUACAUUGCGCCCUCGGGUUAGGAGAUAGAAUUCACUAGAAACCUUAGUUCCCCCGAACCCUCGAGCUAGAGUUAGAAUGUCGUCCCAGAGUGACUCUCAGGACAUCUCGAGGACGCCCUCGAUGGAGGACGAAGGCAUCUCCGACGUGGAGUCCAGCAUCGGCCAACCCUCGGGUGGUGCUGAUGCCGUCCUGGCCCGGGAGGUCCAGAAGGAACUCAUUGCGGAGGUCGAAGCCGAGGGCUUCGAGCAGGAGUGCGAGGAUGAAGACUUAGCCCUCGCAUGGCAAACAGCGAGGAUGAGGCGCAGAACGAGAGCUCGAAGGUUACGAUUGCUGUUCUCCCCCCUAGGGGUUCCGGGGAUGCCAGUAGCUCGAGGCCGCUGGAUCCGAUACCUCUGAGGGCGGUUUCCGGUUUGAAGAAGAAGAAGGCCGCUACCAAGAAGAAGGAGAGGGCCGUCGAUCAAGGAAAGCCCGUGGACAUGCCCGAGGGGUACAGUUGGCUGAACACUGAGGCCCUCGAGAUCAGGUCGAAGGCUGAUAGGGCAGAUCUGUACGUGACUCAGCUGCACGUGGGGCCCUCGGCCGGAGUGGUGGAGCCAGGUCCCGACGACGUGCUGUCCAGGGCGCCCGAGGGGUGUAUCGCUAUUCACGUCCUCUCGGUUUCCAUGGGACUUAGGUUCCCUCUGCACCCGUUCCUCCGGGAGUAUUUGAGGUUUGUUGGUUUGGUCUCCUGCCAACUCACGCCCAACAGCCACUCCUACAUUGCGGGGUUCCUCCAGCUCUGCAAGUCCCGAGGGGUGAAGCCCAGCCUGGAUCUAUUCUUCCAGAGUUUUAAUUUGUGCCGGGGGGGGGGGGGGGCACGAAAACGGCGAGGGGUACGCAAACCUGCAGCAGAUUGCCCGCUUCAAGCUAUUCUCCGAUGCUCCUUCUUCCAACAAAGGAUGGAGGGAACGUUGGUGCUACGUAAAGUUGGGUGAGAGCCCAUUCCCGAGGGAGCUGCGUGAUCGAUUUCGAAGGCACGAAAAAAUCAGGAGUGCUGCUCUCGAGAAAGACGGCCUAAAGCUGGCCAAGUUCCCGGAGGGGAAAAAUAAGAACGUGGCGAUCAAAGACUGCACCCUCGAGGAGGAUUUAUACACCCUCGGGUUCCGGAGGUACCGCUUCAUAGGGGAGACCGAUGAGAAGUACCCUCCCUUCGACAAGGCCUUCGGAGGAGCCGGAGGUAGGAGCCGAGGGCUUUAGAAUUCUGUACCUAGUUUUAUUUUUGUUUGGAUGUCAUUGUCCCUUCGAUUAGACCCGUCGGACUGACCCUUUGUCUCCUUUUUGCAGGUAUCCCCGUCUCCAUGGUGAACGUGAAGGGCCUUGCUCGCCUGAAGAAACAGGACCCGAAGGGGUCGGGACAGGGCAGCCAGAAGCCCGCCACUGCCCUCUUCAAGAAAGCCGAGGGCGAUGCUGCUGCCGGCAAGAGGAAGGCGACGACCAAGGGGUCCCCCCCGGGUACCAAAAAGCCGAAGAAGGGGGAUGUCGCCGAGAAGGAGCCCCCGGUCAUUAUUGCUGAUGAGCACCCCGCCUCCGAGGUGCAUGUGGAGAAGCCGUCGGGUGAAACGCCGGCGGGGGCAGAGGAGUUGCUGCCUGAGGUCCUCCAAGUUUCGUUCCCGAGGGGGACAUCCCUGGCCAGCGGCGCUGUCGACCCGAGGGCCAUCUUGAGGGGCAUAACCCCUGAGACUGAUAGGGCUGCCCUCGGGGCCUAUAACGAUGCGGCCCUCGAGGACCACACUCUCCGCUCCUCCCUUUCUGUAAGUGUUUACUCAGCUUUCUUCCUUUUCUCCUUUGAUUAUAUUGUGCAAUUGCCUUUAACCGUUUGGAUGUUGGUCCGCAGGCUUGUCUAGCCCUCGGUGAACAUGCCCGGAGGCUUCAAGAAUGGCCCCUCCAUAAAGCAGAGCAGGAUGCCAAGAUGAAGGAAUGCAUCCUCAAAAACAAGGAGGCGGUGAAGCUGGGGGCCAGACUGGAAGAGGAGCUUCGGCAAAUGGAGCUGAGAUUGGGGGCUGCAGAGAAGGGCAAGGCCGAUGCUGAGGCUGCUGCUGAGGAAGCCAGGAGAGCUGCCAAAGAGGCCGAGGACUCCAAGGCGCUAGCCGUCGCCAAGGCUCGGGAGGAAGCCGUGGAUGCCUUCGUCGCCGAGGGCUGGAGAGCCGAGGGACGCAAGAUGUGGUUGUCCUCGGUCGUGGAGGCACACGUCGAGGAAUGGGCCGAGGGCCCCGGGUGGGAGUGGAUGGCCCGGAAGGGCAGGGAAUAUUAUGAGGCCGGCGAAUUCUUCACCCAGGCCCUCAUUUACCGGAGGAUGGCUCGACAUUUGGGCAUUGAGCAAAAAGAUUUCUCCCCCUUGGCGUAUGGCCUUCCUCCCCUGCAGCCUGAUGUCCGUGAGUCGCUCCCGGAAGGUGUUCAGAGGCCCGACCUUGAGGACACGGAGUUGAAGAAUGAGGCCGAGGACGACGCUGUCGAGACCGGAGCGGAGGCAUCAUCGAGGCCGGCUGCAGAGGGCACCCCGGUGAAUGAUGCUGUUGUAGUUGUAGAGUGACUUUGUACUUAGAAAUCCUUGAACAUAUUUUGUAAUGAACAACAUUGAUCCUUCGGCUUCGGCCUGUUUGUAAAUUUCACACUUACUUUGUUUGUGAUGAAUGCAUGCUGACCCCGGGCUCUUUACAUUUGAAUGCGCCUUACGUUUUGAAUGUAUGCCUUCUACUUCUUGAGUGUAUGCCUUCGGUAUUUUUGAAUGUAUGUGUAGGACUUAGAAUAUUUUUCGAUUGUAGCGUGCCCUUGGAAGCCUUCGGUACUUGGGCACCCUCUGCUGGGUAUGCAACCGAGGGUUCAGCAGCAGUUAGGACUUAGAAAUUUUUUCUAAGUGUAGCACACCAUAGGGCCUUCGGGCGUUUGUAGUAACCCGAAUCCUAGGACUUAGAAAAAUUUCUAAGUGUAGAUAUCCCCUUGCGAGCCUUCGGGAUAUGGAAUCCCUUCCUGAUGCGUGAAUGUUGGACCGAGGGCCCAAUGCACAGGACUUAGAGAUUUUUUAUUGCAAGUGUAGUAUGCCAUGUAGCCUUCGGCUACUGUGGAGCCCCAACUGAAAUAUUGAAUAGGCCGGGGGCCAAUUCUUUAGGACUUAGAAAAUUUUCUUGAGUGUUGAUUCCUUGUGUACUGUAGCCCUCGAUUGAUAGGUAGCCUUCGGCAAUUAGGUCCUUUGAGAUGAGGGUGAAAUAUGUAGGACUCAGAAAAUCUUCUAAGUGUAGAGUUUCCCUUGGGAGCCUUCGGGAGGUGGCAUCCCUCCAUGAGGUAUGAGUAGCUGACCGGGGGGGAAAAUAUGCAGGACUUAGAAAAUAUUCUAAGUGUAAAAUCUCCCUUGGGAGCCUUCGGGAGAUGGCAUCUGUAAUACCCGAGAUUAAUAUAAGAGGAUUAAUAGUACUACUCAUACCAACAGAGGUGCAUCUCCUUUUAAGGGAGCUCAUCACCCAAGAACUCCAAAGUUAAGCGUGCUUGCACGGGAGUAGUCUUGGGAUGGGUGACCCCCUGGGAAGUUUCUCAGGGCGCGCAUGAGUGAGGACAAAGUGCGCGGUAAAGGCUCGUGGUGGUUUGUGGGGACAGUACUAGAGGUCUAGAGUAACUACCUCGGGUCCGUGUGGGGCCCGGGGUGUUACAGGUGGUAUCAGAGCAACCCUGCGACAAUGUACAGACCCGUUAGAUAUCGGGCAGGCAUUUAGCGGGGCAAGAUUCUGGGGUUUGAUUGAGAUUGUUAAGGACGCAACGAGGACAUUGCGAUCCUAAGUGGGGGUGAUUGUAAUACCCGAGAUUAAUAUAAGAGGAUUAAUAGUACUACUCAUACCAACAGAGGUGCAUCUCCUUUUAAGGGAACUCAUCACCCAAGAACUCCAAAGUUAAGCGUGUUUGCACGGGAGUAGUCUUGGGAUGGGUGACCCCCUGGGAAGUUUCUCAGGGCGCGCAUGAGUGAGGACAAAGUGCGCGGUAAAGGCUCGUGGUGGUUUGUGGGGACAGUACUAGAGGUCUAGAGUAACUAUCUCGGGUCCGUGUGGGGCCCGGGGUGUUACAGCAUCCCUCCUUGAUGGGACUUAGAAAAUCUUCUAAGUGUAAAAUCUCCCUUGGGAGCCUUCGGGUGAUAGGUACCCUCUGAUUCCACAUCACUUUGCGAGAUGCCCGGGGGCUACUCAUUUAGGACAGAAUACCUUUUUUUUAAGUGUUGUUGUAUUGCAUGGCCUUCGGCCACCAUAUUCCCUUGGCUGUAAUAUUGAUUGGGCCAGGGGCCCAAUCUUUAGGACUUAGAAUUUUUUCAAGUGUUGCUUCCCUGUGUAGCCUUCGGGUGAUAGGUGCCUUCUGACUCUACAUUACUUUGCGAGAUGCCCGGGGGCUGCUCCUUCAGGAUUUAGAAUUUUUCCUAAGCAUAAAUUGAUGUUGAAUCCUGUUGUUGUGAAGAAAGCCAAUGAGGAGUGUGUGCCCUCGGCAUACACUUUAAAAGUUGUAGGAUUUGACCCUUGUCAUGGGGAAAGGGCCCUCGGUAUUUGUGCAUAACAGAUGCCUUCGGUGUUUGUUUGAAGUACCGUUUAGUGGACCUUGGAUAGUCCAGUCCCUUUGUAUUGUUGAAGCCUUCGGUGUUUUUGUGACCGGAGGUGACCAGGUAGUGGACUUAGCCGUUUCCUGAUGAUAUUUCUAUGAGUAGUAUCCUCCGGGAGAUAGGAGUCUUCAAUUACCGGAGGUGUUCCCGUGGGGAGCCCUCGGCAUGUUGUGAUCUUGUUGGAGUGUACUCUUUGAUUUCUCGCUGAGUCUACUCCCCUUCACCCCCCUUUUUUUUUUUGGUUGGUGGUGAAGGGAAGGCAUCAAGAAACUUGGUUUCUUGGUAAGGCUGGGCCUAUUAGGAGACCAUCAGAAUACACCAAUGGCUCUCCUCCCUCGGGUUAACCUUCCGAGUUCCGAGGGGAUCGAGGGACGUUUCCUGGGCACAAGAUAUGGUGGUCCGUAACCUGCCUCCCCUUGGGGGAUGGCGCGGAAAGCGCCUCAUUUUUGAAAGUCGUCCCCUCGGCGCUAGACAUAGUCCGUGGCCUGCCAUACCCUUGGGGUGGUGGCGCGGGGAGCGUUUCGGUUUGGAAGUCGAAUCCUGGGCAUUUCUCAUGCCUGUCAUACCCUGGGGGUAGUGACGCGGAUAGCGUUCCGUUUUUGAAAGUCGAAUCCUGGGCAUUUCUCAUGCCUGUCAUACCCUGGGGGUAGUGACGCGGAAAGCGUUUCAAGGAAGGGUUUUCGUUUGCACACUAGUUGCAAAUGGCCGGGGGCACUACGUGCCGCCGUCACCGAUGGUGGCGCCUUCGGUAUAUGCGUCCUCGUGGGGUACGGCUUUUAGAAACAACACUUGGUGUUAGUUUCGAUGUGUAGCCCCCGGUACUUGGUACCGAGGGGUCCUCUGUAGGAACACUUGGUGUUCUCUUUGUUGUAGUCGAUGGAGGUGUCUACCCUCGGUACCUGGUACCGAAGGGUCUUCAAAUGAAACACUUGGUGUUUCCCAACAGAUGUUUGGAAGUUGAUAGGAGAGCAUAUCCCUGGCACUGGGUGCCGAGGGGUCUUCUUUGAAACAUUUGGUGUUUUUUCUUCGUUUCGAUGUUUGAUGAUGGAGGUGUGCCUCGACACUGGGUACCGAAGGGUCUUCUGUAGGAACACUUGGUGUUCUCAUCUUUUCUUUUUUGAUGUUGAAGGUGAGAAUGUACCCUUGGCACUGGGUGCCGAAGGGAAAUGAAACACAUGGCGUUCCUUGUUGUUGGUGAUAGGAGUUUCCUCCCUCGGCACUGGGUGCCGAGGGGUCUUGACUGAAAACACGUGGUGUUUUCGCUUUUUGUUGUAGGUGUUGAUGGUGUCCGCCCUCGGCACUUGGUGCCGGAGGGGGUUCUUCUCGUGGUGAGGCCUGUGGCCUGUGGUCAGUAUGAGGGCUUGAUGUCUUGAAUGUAUCUUCAUUCUUCGAAAUUGGAGGCCUUGGGCCAAAGGAUAGUACAUUCACUAGUUAUGAGGGCUUGGCCGCUCUUACAUUAUUGAUAAAAUUUAACUAAAUGGUGUACAUUCCAGUGCCUAGGGACUUCUUUCCCAUUGGGGCGUUUGAGCUUGUAGGUCCCGGGUUUGAUGAUGGCUGCUAUGAUGUAGGGGCCUUCGAAUUUUGGUGCCAUUUUUCUUCCCUCGGUUGCUUGGCUGGCUUCCCUCCUCCGGAGGACAUAGUCCCCCACUUGAAAUUCUCGGGUGCGAACUUUGGAGUCGAUGUAGCUUUUAACUUGCCUUCGGUAGUUUUUUGCCCGGAUGAAGGCCUGCUCCCGGCGUUCUGAAAUGAGGUGGAGGUCGAGGGCCAUGUUGCUGUCGUUGACCUCGAGGUCAUAUUGGAUCACCCUUCGGGUGGGAAGGGUGACUUCCGUAGGAGCUUUGGCUUCAAAACCGUAGCAGAGGGAGAAGGGUGUUUCACCUGUUGCUCGCCGAGGGGUGGUGCGAUAGGCCCAAAGGAUGUUGUGGAGUUCUUCCACCCAGCCACCACCCUCGGCCUCCAGCUUCUUUUUGAGGCCCUCGAGCAAGGUUCGGUUGGCGUUCUCUACUUGCCCGUUGCCUUGGGGGUAGGCAACGGAGGAGAAGGUGUGUUUGAUACCCCAUGCCUCCAGAAGGGCACAGAAGGGGGCUGCCUCAAAUUGUGUCCCAUUGUCGGAGAUGAUCUGCUGGGGGACGCCAAACCUUGUGAGGAUGUUCUUGAGGACGAAGUGAUGGCACUUCGCCUCUGUGAUGCUGGCGAGGGGUUCAGCCUCCACCCACUUGGUAAAAUAGUCGACGGCCACAAUGAUGUAUCUGUUGUUGGAGGUACCCCUCGGCAGGGGGCCCACAAGGUCUAUCCCCCAUCGAGAAAAUGGGACAGAGGUGCUGAUGGGGGCAUAGUUGACCGCUGGCCUGCCGGGAGCUUUCUGAAAAUGUUGACAUGCGGUGCACCUCCGGGCAAGGUCUGCACAAUCCCUGGCCAUGGUUGGCCAGAAGUAGCUCUGGAGAAUGAGCCUUCGGGACAUGGAGAAGGGUCCUUGGUGAGCUGAGCAAGUGCCACUGUGCACUUCCUCCAUUGCGACCUCGGCUUCAUCUGGAUGAAGUCACCGAAGUAGCGUGCCAUUGUAAGAUCGUUUGUAGAGCCUUCCAUCUUCGAUGGUGUAGCUGGGAGCCCUCAGCUUUGCCAGUUUAGCGCGGGCCUCAUUCUCGGGUAGCUGCCCUGUGGAGAUGAAGGCGGUGAUAUCUGAGAUCCAAUCCUCCUGACGUUGUUGUAUGUUCAUAACGGGGCUUGCAUGGAUGCUUGAGAGGCUGAGUUCCUCGAUUUUGGCAAUUUUGGAGAUGUGCUCGGGGGAGUCGGCCGAUAGCUUAGAUAAUAUGUCGGCCUCGGAGUUCUGAGCCCUCGGUAUUUGAGUGAGAGAGUGUGCCUCAAAUACCUUAAGCAACUCCUUGGCCGCUUCCUUGUACUGUUUCAUCCUCCCCUCCUUGGCCUCAUAUUCUUCGGAGAUUUGGCCAACGACCAGCUUGGAGUCGCAUUUGAUGUGGAUCUGCCGAGCCCUCAUGUUGGCAGCCAGCCGAAGGCCACAUAGGAGGGCCUCAUAUUCGGCCUCAUUGUUGGAGACCUUGAAGGAGAAGCGGAUUGCAUAGUAGGCCCUGAAGCCCUCGGGAGUAAUGAGGACUACCCCUCCCCCGCAUGCUUUGGUCGCGGAGGAGCCAUCAGUGUAGAGGGUCCACCAGUCGUCCGAGGUAGCCGAGGGCUCCCCGUCCGUGGCUGCCCUUGCGGUACAUUCCGUCACAAAGUCCGCCAGGGCUUGGCCCUUGAUGGCAGUCCUUGGACGGAUGUCAAUGUUGUACUGGCUCAAGAAGAUAGCCCAUUUCACCAUGCGGGAGGAGCUGGUGGGGCUCCUCAUGAGGGCGCCGAGGGGUUGAUGGGUGAGGACCUGAACCGGGUGAGCCUGAAAGUAAUGGCCCAACUUCUUGACAGUCCAAACGAUGGCUAACACCGUUUUUUCCACAGGGGAGUACCUGAGCUCGGCCUCCCUUAGGGUCUUGCUAACGUAGAAGAUGGCAUGUUGGAUGCCGUCUUCUUCCCGGAUGAGCACAGAGCUGAUGGCCGCCGGGCUAACCCCAAGGUAGAGGUAGAGGGUCUCCCCUACCUUGGGUUUGGAGAGCACAGGAGGUGAAGAUAGAUAUCGUUUGAGCUCGUCGAAAGCCUCCUGGCAUUCCGGAGUCUAUAGAAAGCCAGCCGUCUUCCUCAUGAUCUGGAAGAAGGGUAGAGAUUUCUCCGCCGAUUUAGAUAGAAAGCGGUUGAGGGCUUCCAGGCGGCCCGUCAACCGUUGGACUUCCUUCACAUUGCGUGGGGGCUCCAUAUUGAUGAUGGCCUGGAUCUUCUCGGGGUUGGCCUCAAUACCCCUUCGGCUCACCAUAUAGCCUAAGAAUUUGCCCCCUUGGACGCCGAAGGUGCACUUCUUCGGGUUUAGCCGAAGGUUGAACUUCUGCAUGAUGGCGAAGAUUUCCCGGAGGUCGUCAGCAUGGCUGGAAGAUUGUUUGCUUUUGACGAUCAUGUCGUCAACAUAGGCCUCCAUGGUGCGCCCUAGGACGGCUUGAAAGACCCGGGCCACCAUCCGGGUGUAGGUGGCCCCUGAGUUCUUCAGGCCGAAGGCCAUGACUAGGUAGCAGAAGAUGCCCUCGGGAGUCAUGAAGGCAGUUUUUUCGGCGUCCUCCUCGUGCAUGAAUAUUUGAUGGUACCCUCGGAAGACAUCGAGGAAAGACAUGAUUUCACACCCCGCGGUCUCAUCCACCAAUUGAUCAAUGUUUGGUAGAGGGAAGGGAUCCAUGGGGCAUGCCUUGUUGAGAUCGGUGUAGUCCACGCACAUGCGAAAGGUAGGGGGCUUCUGUGCGAGGACUACGUUUGCUAGCCAUGAGGGGUAUUUUACCUCCUUGAUGUGUUUAAUUGAUAGGAGCAUGGCGACCUCCUUCUUCACGAAUUCCCUCCUCUCGGCGGAGAGGGGUCUCCUUCGUUGCUGUACUGCUUUUGCCGAAGGGUCCACCGAGAGGCGGUGGGUGAUGACCCUACGACUGAUUCCCGGCAUGUCCUCCGGCCCCCAGGCAAAGACAGUGGAGUAGGCGCGGAGGGCGUCGGUGAUACCGGUCUUCAAAUCUUCAGGGAGCUGGGCUCCAAUCUUCACGACUCUCUCCGGCUAGGCCGGAUCGAGCGCGAAGUCUUCUACGUCCUCGGCCGGUUCAGCCCUCGGCCUCCUUUCCUCUUGGUCGACGGCUCCGGUGAUGGUGUCAACACGGAAUUCCGUCUUUCUUACCUUCUUAGUGACCUGAAGAUAGCAGGCGCGGGCAAUUUUUUUGUUCCCCCGGGAGUAGCCAAUGCCCCCCUCGGCGGGAAACUUGAGGCAGAGGUGCCUCAUGGAGAUGAUGGCUUCGAGGUCCUCGAGGGCUGGCCGGCCGAGGAUAAUGUUGUGGGCGCAGUCAAUGUUGACGACGACGAACUCCAAUUCGAGCUGGGCUCUAUGGAGCCCGUCGCCGAAGAUCACCGGGAGGGUUAUUACCCCCUCGGAAUCAACAGUAUCGCCGGUGAAGCCGGCAAGAGGGGUCUUAAUGGGCCGAAGGGACCCCCUCUCCAGAUGCAGCUCUCUGAAGGUGCUGAGGUACAUUACAUUGACGGAGCUGCCCGUGUCAAUGUAAGUUCGGUGAAUAAUGGUGUCGUUUAUCUCCGUCCGAAUCACUAAGGCAUCCCUGUGAGGAGAAGAAGUAGGAGGGAGAUCCGCGUUGGUGAAGGUGAUGGGUUCCUCCCUCAGUCGCUUUACCGGAGGCAUAUGAGUGACUUCCCCCACGUAAAGCGAUUGAGCCCACUUCUUUCGUUGGCUGGUGGAAUCGCCCCCUGUAUUGCCACCGGUGAUCAUGAGGAUGUGGCGUUUUUUCUCCUGGUAGUGGGGGUAUUCCUCCUCCUCUUCUUCCAAGUUUCCAAUCUCCCUCUUCUUGCCGAGGGGGAUGGUGUUCGGAUUCACCCAGGCAUUUACCUUCGUAUGGUGCCCUCGGGGAGGUCCCUGAUGAGAAGGUCCCUCCUGCCGAGGGCUCUGGACAAACUGGGACAGGUGCCCCGCCUGUAUUAAUCUCGAUGGCCGUCUUCAGCUGAUGGCAGUCAUCGGUCCUGUGCCCCUGGUGCCGAUGGAAGCGACAGUAGGGGAACUGAGGGUUGAUAGCGUGUACCUCCGGGGGUGCGCGAGAGUCGCGCUCAACGAGGCCCCUCUCCUCGGCAAAAUCGAGGAUGAUGCUGACGGGGUGCGUCAAUGGUGUCCGAGGGCGGUCCAGGAGAAUGGGCUGGGCCCAAGUCUUAGGGUUGCUCUUAUAACCUCCCCCGGGCUUGGCUUGGCCUUGCCGAGGGCGGUCAUCAGAGGGUGCCGAAGCCUUGGGGCGAUUUGGAGGAGCCCCCGCCCCUCGGUUAUGCUUGUUGUCAGCCCUCGGGGGCUGCUGGUCCGGGUGCUGGUGAUACUUCUCCACCUCCUCGGCCUCAGCAUAUCGGUCCCCCCGCUGCAAAGCCCUUAUGUAGUCGCGGGGGGUUCAAUGAUGAGGCUCCUUGAAAAGUUACCGGUGCGGAGGACGGUUUGUAGGAGGGCCAGGAGGGUCCCGUCAUCAGCACCGUCGACCUUGUCGGCCUCCGUCCUCCAGCGCUCCAGGAAAUCCCGAAGGGUCUCAUCCUUCUUCUGGCGUAUUGUUAGCAGGUGGGAGAAGUGCUUCCUUGUGCGACGCCUCCCGGCGAAUUAUGUCAAGAACCGCUGGGCGAGUUCUUGCCAUGAAUCAAUACGGCCCUCGGGCAGCCUGUUGAACCAUUCGUAUGCCGGCCCCUCUAAGGUGGAGAGGAACCAACGACACAAAUAUUCGUCCGACGCCCCCACCAUCAUCAUGCUGUUCUGGUACUUGCUGUAAUGUUCCUGGGGGUCCGUUUUUCCGUUGUAGGGCUGUAUAUGCUGCCCUCGGUAUUUUUCCGGGAUCCGGGCCGCCAAUACCCUUGGAGUAAAUGGCGUCCGAGUCCGGAGCUGGAUGACGGGUUCCCCGGAGCCCUCGGCCACCUUCUUCUGUAACUCCUCCAUUUUGGCCAUCAUGGCCUCGUAUUUGAGAUCUGAAUGAGGGGUGGAGGUGGUGGCGUGAACUUUGUUGGACUCCAUCUCGUCAAGCCGGCGUUGGUGGGCCGCAAUAAUCUCGUCCCGGGGAUCCUUCGGGAGGGUCUCCGCCCCCUGCGAACGAACUCGGGCCGAGUGGGCCUGGUUGAUUUGGUGUCGAGCAUCAUCGGCAUGAAGGGGUGCCUUGCCUUUGUCCCGAGGGGGACGCUCCUCGUCUGCCCUCGAAACAGAUCCCCCGCUUUCCUGGGGCCUUUGGAGUGCUUUCCCCCCGAGGCGGUCUUGGACCCCUCGGCGGUCUGGCCCUCCUCCGAGCCGGUUGAGGGCGGAAGUACGGGGCCUUUCCCUGUUGUCAUUGUGGCGGUCCCGGGACUGAACUUCCUGGGAGGACGUAUCUUGGGCCACCACCCCCUCGUCGUUCCUCACCCGAGGGGUGGGAUUUCCGAAGGGGUGUGGCAGAGGGGGAAGUAUGAUGUUUUCCCCAACCUGAGGGUGAGCUGGAGCCAGGGUGCCGAAGGCACCCGGGUUCUGGGUGAGCGUCUGGAUGAAGGCGGAGAGCGCCGAUUGCACGUCGAUGGUGAGAACCGGAGGGCUGACUUGGUCAUCGCUCCGGUUUUUCUUCUUCGCCUCGAUGCCGAGGCGGGCAUCGGGGGCAUUUUGUUGGAUCUGAAGGCGUAGGUCGACAGCCGCCUGUUCCAGCCCAGCGAUGACACCGCCCUCGGGAGCCCUGUGAGAGGUUUCGGGGGCGUUGACGUCGCCGAGGGCCAGGUUCUUGUCUUCUACGUUCUUUGAGUUGGCACGUGUUGUCCUCACCAUUUUGAUAGAGGGCUAGUGUUUCGUGUUUGGUCGAGGGGGAGGGUUUCUUACUCGAUUGUUCAACCUCUCAACGAGAGCACCAAAUGAUGGAUAGUCUACCCGGGGGUAUAUAUCCGAAAGGUUAUCACGGGGAGUAACUUAGAGAGAAGUAAGAGCAAGUAAGUAAAAGUAGAGAGAGAGUGUAUUCAGUAUGAAUGCCGUUUUCAGCGUGGUUACCAAUGGGGAAAUGGGGUGCUAUUUAUAGUAGCAAUAAAUGCCGGACAGGGACACGUGUCAAGCGCUCAUUGGCCGAGGGGUCACCUCAACUGGUUGGCGCUGGCAGCCGCAUGUGGCCGCAUUUAAUGCGGCUGUUGGAUGGGACGUCUAUGCGGGGCACGGUGAUCUGUGCGCAUGUGAGGCGGAUAUCUUGUCGAGUGAGAUGUCUUCGGCUAUAGAGCAGUAGCCGGGGGCUCUUCCACCCGAUGGCACCCUGGUGCCGAGGGCUCACAAUGCCGAGGGCUACUGUUUUCGCCGUUUUCUCCCAGUUUCUUAAUUUGCUUGAGAAACCCGUUCUUUGAGAAUUUGGAGCCUUCGGCCAGGGGGCCGAAGGCACCCCUGGCGCGUAGUGCGGACUGCUUGGUACUCUGGGCGCUGUGAUUUGCGCCUGUUGGGCCUGUUGGGCCUUCGCUGGAGUAGUAGGAGUCUGUGGGCCGGGGGUUCCCGGGCCAUAUACUCCAUCAUCCCUUCAUGGGUCUUUCACCAAUGGAGAAUAUCGAAGUCCCCCGCUUCUUUAUACUUAACAGGAAACGUUAGAUAUAAAGAAAGCUCGUUAAUCGAGCUUUGUGCAACAGCAGAAGUUGUUUUACUUUUUUUUUCAAAAGAGUAGAUUAGGGGUGGAUUCGGGCCGGGUCGGGCCUAGGCCCGAGCGGGCCGGCGGUUCUGGAUAGGUGGACUCAGGACCGGUCUGGGUAGCCACCGGGUCUGGUCCGGGUCCGGUCCGGGUCUCAGGAUUGGUUAAUUUUUUUUUUUGCUUACCUACCUAUCCUUGACCCCCCCUCACCCCCAAACCCCAAAACCCCUCCUAAACAUCAAGCCCAACCCGGGUGAAGCCCAAACAAAUGAAAGAAAACAAAACUUUCAAAAAGUUUGAGAUUGUUACUUUCAAAAUAAUAAUUGAAGUAUGACAUGUGAAACAAUGAAAGUGCUAAGGAUAAAACACUUUGUCUUGCACUCAUACAACUAAACACUUUGCUUGGGUUCCAGAUAUUUGUUUUGUUUAUUUAGCUUUUUUCUUAUUUCGUCGUCCUCCUAUUAGUUUUUUUUUUUUUUAUCAUUUGGUUUCUUGUUACUGUCUAUGUUGUUAGCUUUGUCAUUUUGUUUGGGAAUUUAGUCUCUUUUUAUGUCAUUGGGUAUGUUUGGAUCUAUGGGAACAGAGAUGAUUGUGUCAAACCCACUGCAUGGUUAGCGAUUUGUGUUGCUCUUUCAGGGGUGACCGUCUCUAAAUUUGAUUAAAUGGUUUACAGUCGUAAUUGUUGGAGUUUAGUUGGUAUCAGAUUUAUUUUUCCUUUGGUUGAUUUAAUGAUCCUGAAACUUAUGAUAUGAAUAGAAACAAAUUUCCCCCAAGCAUCUUCCCUUGCCUCUCCUCCUUUCUAGGAUUCGAUCUCUUCCUUAGAUGUUCACAUCUAUGACAGUGCGAGCGCUUCUUGGAGGCUCAAUCCUACUCAGUGUUCUCCAGAUUUUAUCUCUUCGAUGGACUUUGACCUUGGUGCUCGCUGGCAUGAAUCUGAUGGUCAUGAGGUGUAUCUUCAGCAAUAUUUGAAUAAUUGGCAAUUGUAGAAGUUGGCGUUUCACUGCCACCGCAUCCCUUCAUCACCGGUUAUUGAGGUACAUCUUCAAUAAGCUUUGAAUAAUCGUCAAUUUUUAGGAGGUUGACUGCUCACUGCCAUCGUAUCCCUUCAUCAUCUUUUAUUUUCACCUGCGACCCUUUUAAUUCAUUCGAAAAUAAGUUUGAGUCAAAUUUGCAAUCGAUUAUAGGAAGUCAGUUUAUUGAAAAUUAUUUUGUAUUCGAAAAAUGUUGUUCGAAGAAGCAAAAGGAGCAUGUGAAAUUAGUUGUAUACUUGUAUUAUUUUGCCUUGUUCACGAUUCCUAACUACAAUGGUAGUAUUUAACUAGAAAUGCCUUCCAAAUUAUCCAAAAUCCACCGACUGCACAUAUGAAUUUUGAGCAUGAAAGUAAAAAAAAAACUUACUAUCUAAGGAUUCCAAGGAAGUAAGCUAUGCUAAUUCUCAUGAAUGUUCAAAAAAUAAUUUGUGUCUUCUCGAUCUUGCUUCAGUUCAUUGCCGGACUUUAUAUACUGUCAUUUCAUGAUUCACUUAACCAAAUUAUAGCUCGUUUGGGGGUAAAAUUGGCUAAAGUUGUGGCUGUAAUUGUUGAGUAGAAUGAAAUAUCAAGAAUGGUCAUCUCUGGAAUGUCAAAAUAUAUGGGAAACUACUUCUAGUGUCUUCAAUAUUUUAGAUGUGGGAAAGCUCACUAAGGUUAGGUAUAACACAUAUGUUUUGAAUAUAUUACAAUACUGUUGUGGCCUGUGGGUUUUACUCUCAGUCUUCUCAUAUGGUUUGUAUAUAUCAUACUAUCUUUGGAAGUGCAGAUAGGUUCUUCCUUGCAUUUGUUCAUCAAGUAGCUAUAACUCCUUUAUGCUUUAUGCCUUUAUGAAAUACAGAAAUAUUAAACUCCUAAAAUGACAAUAGGAGUAUAUAAUAUAUUAAUUAUCCGUUUUAAUUUCUUGUCUAUUGUCGCUUCCUUAUGUUUCUAGUUUUAGCUUGUUGAUGUGUUAACUUUGUCACAUCAGUUUAAGUUUUAAACCAUUUCACUUUCUCCUCUGUGUGGGAUGCGGUAGAGUGCAAACUUUUUUUUAUUGUUAUUGUUACUAAUUCUGAUAUAUAGGAAGUUGAAGAGAUUUUGGAACUUUUCAAUUCAAGUCUAUAUGGCAUGGUUUGGACAUCACAGAGAUAGUUCAUUACAUUUGCUAUGCAUAGGUGCUUUUCUGUCAGAUAAUUAAAUGUAACAAAGGUUCAUUAGUUGCACUUGUAUAAACUUCAUUGAGUGGCAACUUCUUUCAAUUCUUUUGCAUUAUUUAUUAAUUAUUACUCCUCAGUCCCAAUUUGUAAGAUACAUUUCAUAUUCACUUGGUCAACAUAAAUCACUCUUAAUCUUUUACUUUAUAUAUCAAAAUUCUGUGAGAUUUUAAUUAUUUUUGCAAGCUUUGUAGCGGUUUUAAUGUAGUUUCUGAAUAUGUAAAUUUUAUUUUUUAAAACUAAUGUGAGUGUUGACAGGGAUCAAUUUGUUUUAUCGUCGGUCAAACAUCGUAAACCGUAAAAUGUCUUUCAAAUUGGGACGGAGGGAGUAAUAAAUUCAUUUUGAUAUGCAUAUGUAACAAUAAUGUCAAUUAUAUAGGUGUAUUGGUUCCUUCUAAUAAUUUAUUCGGAUUUGUGUCGUAGUGAUUGCACUUCCAUUGUAGGCACAUAAUAAAAAAGAAGUACCUUAAGAUGCAAGACUCGGGAGAUUGACAAGAGAAAUGGAGACAAAAGAGACAAACUGCAACAUAAAAGGAAUAAGAAGCAAGAAGAACCAAACCAAUAGAUAUAAUAUAUAAAUGUAAUAACUUGUAAUAAGAGAUUAAAUUAUAUAUGUGCUAAGAUAUUUUUACAUGUUGUUUUCGUCGCUCUUUGUUUCAUUGAAUGUAUUACUUUUUGUUGCA